UCUAAACGCUCGCGUGUGUGGCUUCGCGCCCAGGCUCGCGAUGGGGAAGAAGUCUCGGGCGGUCCCGGGUCGCAGGCCGAUCUUGCAGCUCUCUCCGCCGGGCCCGCGGAGCAGCACGCCGGGUCGGGACCCAGAGCCGGAUCCUGAUCCCGAACCGGACGCGACGGCGGCGCCCAGUGUGGCGGUGGUGGCGGCGGUGCCCACGAGCACAACGAGCGCGGCCGCGGCCCCUGCCGCCGCCGCCUCGGCCUCAGCGCCGGAAGAGUUGCCUUCCGAGGAAGAUGAACAGGAAGUGGUGGUGGAGGCUCCCAGAGUUGUUCCUGCUCCUCCCAAACCAGUCAUGACCACUAGACUCACCGCUGUUAAAGCAACAGGAGGUCUAUGUUUACUUGGUGCAUAUGCUGACAGUGAUGAUGAAGAGAGUGAUACUUCAGAAAAACCAGCACAACCCAAAGAGGGGAAUGGAAACCAGUCAGCAGAUAUUGAUAGUACAUUGGCCAACUUCCUAGCGGAGAUUGAUGCUAUAACAGCUCCUCAGCCUUCAGCUCCUAUAGGAGCUUCUGCUCCACCUCCAACUCCAACACCACCUCGACCAGAGCCAAAGGAAUCCACAUCUGCUCUUUCUUCCACUACUUCAAAUGGAACGGACUCAGCCCAGGCAUCAGGGUGGCAGUAUGACACUCAAUGUUCGUUGGCAGGAGUUGGAAUUGAGAUGGGAGAUUGGCAAGAAGUCUGGGAUGAAAACACAGGUUGUUACUAUUAUUGGAACACACAAACCAAUGAAGUGACUUGGGAGUUACCCCAAUAUCUUGCCACCCAGGUACAGGGAGUACAACAUUACCAACCCAGUUCUGUAACAGGUACUGAACCUAACUUUGUGGUAAAUACAGAUACAUUUACCAAGGAAAAGAAUGUUUCUGUGUCCAGUACGAAAAGUGGACCUGGCAUAAUCAAACGAGAAGUUAAAAAGGAAGUCAACGAAGGAAUUCAGGCACUCUCGAACAGCGAGGAGGAGAGGAAAGGGGUAGCAGCAUCACUGCUUGCACCCUUAUUGCCUGAGGGAAUAAAAGAGGAAGAGGAGAGAUGGAGGAGAAAAGUAAUAUGUAAAGAAGAACCCGUUACAGAAGUGAAAGAAUCAAAUACAGCAGUAGAAACAGCAGCAACUAUAGUGAAGACACAGGAAGUUUCAUUGGACGCUAUAGAAGACCCUUCUCAGGAGGAUCUUUGUAGUGUUGUUCAGUCUGGGGAAAGUGAAGAAGAAGAGGAGCAAGAUACCCUGGAACUGGAGCUGGUUUUGGAAAGGAAAAAAGCAGAAUUACGAGCUUUGGAGGAAGGAGAUGGUAGUGUGUCAGGGUCAAGUCCAUGUUCUGAUGUCAGCCAGGCAGCAUCUCAAGAUGGAAUGCGUAGAGUUAUGUCCAAAAGAGGAAAAUGGAAGAUGUUUGUUCGAGCUGCCAGUCCAGAAUCCACCAGCCGGGGUUCUAGCAAAACUGGACAAGAGACUCCAGAAAAUGGAGAAACUGUAACUUGUGCUGAAAAUUCUGAAAAAGUAGAAGAAAAUUCAGACAAAGAGCUUGAAGUAGAAGACUCUCCAGAGAAGUUAAAAGUACAAGCAGCACCUAAACUCGAGGAGGAACAGGAUCUGAAAUUUCAGAUCGGAGAACUGGCAAAUACCCUGACAAGUAAAUUUGAGUUCCUCGGCAUUAAUAGACAGUCCAUCUCCAACUUUCAUGUGCUCCUCUUACAGACUGAGACUCGGAUUGCAGAUUGGCGGGAAGGGGCUCUUAAUGGAAACUACCUUAAACGAAAACUACAAGAUGCAGCAGAGCAACUAAAACAGUAUGAAAUAAACGCCACUCCUAAAGGCUGGUCCUGCCACUGGGACAGGGAUCAUAGACGGUAUUUCUAUGUAAACGAACAGUCGGGCGAUUCUCAAUGGGAGUUCCCAGAUGGUGAGGAGGAGGAUGAAAGCCAAGCACAAGAAAAUAGAGACGAGACUCUUCCUAAACAGUCUUUGAAAGAUAAAACUGGAACUGACUCAAAUUCUGCCGACGCCUCCGAGAAUGCCACAGGUUCUCUUUGUAAAGACUCCUUUUCUGGUCAAGUUUCUUCUUCAUCACUCAUGCCACUCACUCCAUUCUGGACCCUUCUUCAGUCAAAUGUGCCUGUACUCCAGCCUCCGUUACCACUGGAAAUGCCGCCACCCCCACCUCCACCUCCAGAUUCCCCUCCUCCUCCUCCACCACCACCACCUCCUCCUCCAGCAGAAGAUGGAGAAAUCCAGGAGGUAGAAAUGGAGGAUGAGGGAAGUGAGGAACCUCCUGCCCCAGGAACAGAGGAGGAUACUCCAUUAAAACCUUCAGUGCAAACCACAGUUGUAACUAGCCAGAGUUCAGUUGAUUCUACCAUCUCCAGUUCUCCUUCUACUAAGGCAGUAAAGAGAAAAGCUGCAGAAAUCAGUACUGCAGUGGUUCAAAGAUCUGCUACCAUUGGUAGUUCUCCAGUUCUCUACAGCCAGUCAGCUUUAUCUGCAAGUCACCAGGCAACAGGGAUUGGUCAUGGGGCUGCUGGGAUUGGACACCAGGCCAUAUCAGUUAGUCAUCCAACAACAGGAAUGGGUCAUCAGCCCCGAGGAAUGAGCCUCCAGUCAAAUUACCUAGGACUGGCAGCAGCCCCUGCAAUUAUGAGUUACGCUGAAUGUUCUGUCCCAAUUGGAGUCACUACUUCGACUCUGCAGCCAAUCCAAGCCAGGAGUGCUGUUCCUUCCACAGCCAUUAUAGAACCUCCACCACCGCCACCUCCACCUCCACCUCCUCCACCACCACCUGCUCCUAAAGUACCACCACCUGACAAGACAAAAAAGGGAAAGAAGGAAAAGACGAAGAAGAGCAAAACUAAAAUGCCUUCUCUGGUAAAAAAGUGGCAGAGUAUCCAGCGUGAGUUAGAUGAAGAGGAGAACUCUAGUUCUAGUGAAGAGGACCGGGAAUCGACUGCUCAGAAGCGUAUUGAAGAAUGGAAACAGCAACAGCUGGUCAGUGGCAUGGCAGAAAGGAAUGCUAAUUUUGAAGCCCUUCCUGAAGAUUGGCGAGCAAGACUAAAGAGAAGAAAAAUGACACCAAACAGUUAAAUUUUCCCCCUAGUUUAUGUUCAGUUCAGAGUCUUAACCAGUUUUACUUGUCAAUAAACUAUAAAUGUUACUAGGGAGAACAUAAGAGCUUCCUGGAUAAGAACUUUCACAUUUUGUGAAAUGUAAGUUUUGUUUUGCUGAAAGAUAAGAUGAUGGAGUGCUUUGGCCUGGCUGCCUUGAUUCUCACUGGCCAGCUCAGCGGUUCCUGUCUGUUACGCUCAGCAGUUUGAACAGCUGUCUAGUAGUGACACCUCGGGGAAUGAGUGACCAAAAAUUCUUGCUUUCACUAGAGCUUUUUAAAUUCUUAAUAUGGCACCCUCAUUAACUUCUCCGAAACAAGUGCAAUUAAGGCAGCUUUGCAUUUGACCGUGUUUUACGGGUUAUCAGGAUCUCUUGCUGACCUCUUCGCCAUCCCAGAAGUGCUGAGGUAUGGCACUUUGUUCACCUUGUGCCCACCCAGGGGCCACCUCUGUCUUAUCUCACCAGUUCUAGAACAAACAGCUCAGACCUUUCACACAGUGGAAUAGUUGACAUUUGGUGGACAAGAGCAGCAACUAGCACUCAGACAGAGCCUUGAGUCUCUCCUCUUGUAUGUGGCUGUGAAUGUAAGCCAUUUUAUGUAUUGAUGUCUCCAUUGUCUUACCUUACCCCUAGAUCCACCUCCCUUCUAUGUGUGAAUGUAUUCUCCAUAAAAUUCCAGUAUUUAAAAAGCAGUUUACUGUUCUGAAUUUUCUAUUAUAUCACAAUCAGGUAAAAGUCACUUUAAACUGAAGAAAAGGCAAAUUGUAUUUUAAAACUCUUUGUAUUUCUCCAGUUUCUGACCAUGUAAAUUUGUAUAUAUUCACUAAUAAAGCUUUUUUUAUACUUCUUA